GUCCCGACCGGCGACCCUGCGUACCUCCCAUAUACGUUCGGCGCUCUCAUUAAUAUUUUCUCCCCUCCAACGACGUCACGCCCCACUUUGCAGCCUCCAAGGCCUCGCUUGUCACUUUUUUCUUUUCGCUCUACUCUCACGCUCUCUUCCUUCAUCGGACGCCUCAGACGCCCGCGCCUCAUCGCCCGCAUCUGCAAGACCCGUUCUUUGAACAGCCUCUCCCUAAUCCCAGCGUCACGGAGAUUUGGAGCAGAAGAAGAAAGAAGCAAGCCUGCUCUAUUUUUUUUUUUUUUACUAGGUCGCUCGGCGUCGACGUCCCUGCGAUCAGGCAAUAACAGAACUGGAACACGUUCCUUACGCCGUCGCUCCCUCUUUUUAUUAAUUCACGGGUGCAAUCGAUCUCACCGACGAAGACUUCUCAAGCGAUACAAAGUACUGCCCGUCGUCGUCGCCCAUCGAGUCGUUUGCCUCGUUCUGUAGAACGCAAUUUAAAAAAGAAAUAACCCUCAAAAAAAUUGCUUUGAAGUGAAGACAAAGGCCUUUUCGAGUCUUUGCCCCGUUGGACGAACGCUUUUUAUAGAGACUCGACCUCCAUUCUCUCACCAUAUUCUACCCAUCUUGCGGUUUGCAUCCAGCAUUCGCAAGACCUCCAAUAGCUGCUUGAGCAGUAUUUCUGUAGGGGAGACAUUCACUUGUUCAUCUCCCGCAUUAGAUCUGCUCAGUGUCAAGGUUGCAACCUCGCCGCAGACUCCGAUUAUCUGGUCUACAGUCCCAAUCAUGGAGGGCAUUCAAACGCAUCCGGCCAACGCCGCUCAGGCUAAGGCCUUUACCGCGCCUGGCUCGCUGUCGUUUCCUGGCGCAUCAAACGAGCUCACGCCUCCCUUAGCAAACGGCGAUGGCAGCCAGCGAAUGGCUCCCAACGGUCAACAGGCUGCGAAUGGGAACGGGGUGACUCCUGCAACUCCCGCCGCAACGCCUGCAGCCUCUCAAGGCCCCAGUGGCAUUACGCCCACCUUGCAGAACAUCGUCGCUACAGUCAACCUCGACUGCCGAUUGGACCUGAAGACGAUUGCUCUGCACGCCAGAAACGCCGAAUACAACCCAAAGCGUUUUGCCGCCGUCAUCAUGCGUAUUCGUGAGCCCAAGACAACUGCCCUCAUCUUCGCAUCCGGCAAGAUGGUUGUUACUGGCGCCAAGUCUGAGGAUGACUCCAAGCUAGCCUCUCGCAAAUAUGCCCGUAUCAUCCAGAAGCUCGGCUUCAACGCCAAGUUUACGGAUUUCAAGAUCCAAAACAUUGUCGGCUCCUGUGAUAUCAAGUUCCCCAUCCGUCUCGAAGGUCUUGCUUCUCGCCACCACAACUUUAGCUCUUACGAGCCUGAGUUGUUCCCCGGUCUGAUUUAUCGCAUGAUCAAGCCCAAGAUUGUGCUACUCAUUUUCGUAUCUGGCAAGAUUGUCUUGACAGGUGCCAAAGUGAGAGAAGAGAUUUAUCAGGCUUUUGAGAUGAUCUACCCUGUGCUUCAAGAUUUCCGGAAAGUCUAAUGCACUUACGGGUAUGGUCAAGAGAUUUUACAUCUCGUGUACCACUACUUUACCUAAUUACCCUUAAAAAAACAACCGACGUAUAUGACUAGACCUUUCUACAGGUCAUGAUACCACGACUACUCCAUAGGACGUCGUUUGCCCCUGGGGCUUGGUAGGACACAGCCAAGUUCAUGAGUGGGGUGCCCGCCUGUACCAUUUGAUUUCUGCUUGCAUUGCAUUGGCGUUGGCAAAGGGGUGGAAGGCCAGGAAGAGGUUUUUUUUUUGCGAUUUUUUACUUUUCUUUACGAUGGAUCUGGUUCACGGCAAAAAAGAACAAAGACUACCCAUCCCGCGACACAAACAUAGAUUGCUCGUGGCUCGUUUUCAGACUGCUAUGUCAGUCUCUUACGGCCUUUUUUAAUGCUUUCCAAGGGGGAAUAAGUCAAGUUGAAAGUGGAUCGAAAGAAAGUUGCUGAACAGGUGGAGCAGCCAAGAGAUGAUGGUCGAUUGGUUGGCUGGCGAUGAAAAUGAACAGUUUCCCAUUACUGCGUAUUGGGGACUGAACAAGUUAUGAGGACAUCUUACGCCCUUUGGGGGACGAUAUGGUUAGCACAUGCGCCUUUUGGCCUUAGUACAGGGCGUAACUGUUACAAAAGCCCAUGGUCUUUUGCAGUUAGCAUUAUCAGAAGAAUGCUUGAUUCUGUCCUCUAAUAAUGGGCUGUGGCCUGAUC